GCACAAGAUACUACACGAGCGAGCGAGCUCGCAAAUAGGGGAGUGCAUCGUCGUGCCAAGCCGCCUUAUCCCUUGCUCGCACAAGCGUCCGGACUCCAGAUCAGCUCCGUCGCCGGAAUCGCGUGCGGCCGCACGAAACGGACCCCUAAUCAAUCGCGCCGCUACCGCUAGCUCGAAACGUCGCCUCCGUUCUUCAUCAGGCGGUUGCCGCCGCCGCCGCCGCCGUACUCGUCAUGAAGAACCAGCCGGCGCCACCGCCAGAUGCUCCACGAGACGACGCCGGCGGCGGGCGCGGGGCAGGAGGAGCGCAUGAGCCGCCGGGCGCCAAACCCGCCGCGCCUCUGCCAAGGCCGGAGAGGAUGAUGAGGCGGCGGCCGGGCGCGCUGUGGGCGGGCGCCCUGGUGGCGGUGCUGGCGCUGCUGGCGGCGUGCACGGCGGCGGCGGCGGUGACCAUCACGCGGCGGCAGCACCAGCGCGGCGCGUCGGCGGCGGCGGCGCGGUCGUCGUGCGACGCGUUCGUGGCGGGGCGGUGGGUGGAGGACGCGUCGUACCCGCUGUACGACUCGGCGCGGUGCCCCUUCAUCCGCGACGAGUUCGCGUGCGCCCGCUUCGGGCGCCCCGACACGGCGUACCUCCGGUACCGGUGGCAGCCGGAGCCGCCGUGCGCGCAGCCCCGGUUCGACGGGCUGGCGCUGCUCCGGAUGUGGGGCGGCCGGACGGUGAUGUUCGUGGGCGACUCGCUGGCGCUGAACCAGUACGAGUCGCUGCUGUGCAUGCUCCACGCCGCCGCGCCGGGCGCCCGGACCACCGCCUCGCCGGCGUCGGGGAAGAUCGACCCCUCCUACACCGUCCGCUUCGAGGACUACAACGUGACGCUGGUGUACUACCUGACGCACUACCUGGUGGACCUGGUGCCCGAGAAGGCCGGGCGCGUCCUCAAGCUCGACGCCAUCGACCAGGGCCGCAACUGGCUCGCCGCCGACGUGCUCGUCUUCGACUCGUGGCACUGGUGGCCGCGCACGGGGCCCACGCAGCCCUGGGACUUGAUCCAGGAGGGGGGCACGGUGGUGCGGGACAUGGACCGCACCAGGGCCUUCACCAGGGCCCUCCACACCUGGGCCGCCUGGGUCGACGCCAACCUCCUCCACACCGACACCAAGGUCUUCUUCCAGGGGAUCUCGCCGUCGCACUACAGGGGCCAGGACUGGGGCGCGUCGCCGAAGAAGACGUGCAUGGGGGAGACGCGGCCGCUGAACGUGAGCGGCACGGGGCCCUACCCCGGCGGGCCGAUCCCGCAGCAGGCCAUCCUGCGGAGCGUGCUGGCCGGGAUGGCCAAGCCCGUCUACCUGCUCGACUUCACCUACCUCUCGCAGCUCAGGAAGGACGCGCACCCCACCAAGUACGACGGCGGCAUCUUCGCCGGGGACUGCACGCACUGGUGCGUCGCCGGACUGCCCGACACCUGGAACGUCCUCUUCUACGCCGCGCUCACCGGACAGAUCUGAAUCAUCAUCACACGCCAGCAGCUUCAUUCACUGGUAUUGGUAUUGGUUAAUUAAAAGCUUGGCUGUACGUAGCUCAAUAAUUAAUUGACUAAAGGGAGAAAGAAAGAUAGCAGAGAUUGCUUGAUUUAUUAUUAUUAUUAUAGGGGGCAAAAUGAUUUUCCACCCAAAUUAAAAGGAAUAUAAUAGAAAGAACGUCAAAUGAAAAAAAUCAGUGCGUGAUUAUUAUUC